GUUUAUCGCUGCUUUCUAAGCUGCUGCUGCAGGAAGAGCUGCAUCAGGGAGUGGCCGUCGUUUCACAGGCACAGAGAGAUUCUUCCAACAACACAGUCGCUGCUGUGAUGGUUCACUGAUACAGACUGAGCAAAACAGGAGCAGGAUGUGGCUCUUUAUUCUGAUUUACAUCUUGGGGCUAAACAUUUCCCAGGCUGCUGGAAGCGACAAUUCAACGCAAAUCUAUUUUGUCAAACUACAAAUAGAGGAAAGUGCAAUCGGGAACAUAACUGACUUACUGAGACCUUUUGUGAACGACGCCAACCUGCAUGUUGACGAGAUUGAAAAGACAACAACCUGUCAGAACGUCUCGGGCAGCACCGAGUGUUCCUGCGAGUCUGGGUACCGAUGGAGCGAUGCACUUUGUGAAUCGAAUCAGAAAUGUUGUGGCGACAGGAAAUGCACCUUCUCCAACUCUCCUCCUCUCAUGUGUGUUGCAGACACUGCAGCUACUGUCACCGGGACCAUUUCUGUGCCAGGCAACUAUAGUAAUUGUCUGGCAAAAAACACCACUCAACCGUUUAAGGACUGUAAUAACAAACUGUUAGGAGAGAUGAAAGCCGUGUACAGCACCAUAAAGGGAUUUGUCAGCUUGACAAUCAGCAGUUACAGGGUUGGAAGCAUCAUCGCAACUUUUGAAAUGACCGUUGCUUCCAAUCUCAGUCCCACAUAUCUGACUGUCAAAUCCAAGGAACUGGCCAAACAACUGGAUGCAUUGCUGGUUUUGGAGACAUCAGGCGUUGUACAGUUAAAGAUGCCCAGCAUGCCUGUGUUUUACCAAAGCGAACACACUCUCACCUGCUCAGUGCGAGAGGAGCUGGAAAGCACCCCGGUGUGGCAGCUGCACAGAGACAAGGAACUUUUUAACAUAACGAAUGGCUCGGAGUCUACUUUGACAUUUAAACCAAACCAGACUGAUGCUGAACUUAAAAAGAUAUCAGAACUCUGGGCAGGGGAGUACACAUGUUUCUACCACCAGGAAUCAAAUGUAGCCAAGAUAAUUCACAAAGCCAGCGCUGUAAUGGAUGUUUGCCUCCUGCCAAACAUUGAAAUCACAUCAGUUCCAAGUUUUCCACUCUGCAAAGAGGGGACAGAUUUAUUGAAUUUACGAGUCGAAUGUCAGAUAAAGAACAGCAAUGAAGAAUACAAGGUGGAAUGGUACAGUGAAAGCAUUAAAGCAGAUCUGAGAGAAGUACCUCUUCGAACUCCUGAAGGUGCAAAACUUUAUGCAGUUCAGACAGUUAUUAACUGUGACCCACCCGGGAAGAAGUAUGAAGUAAAAUGCAGCUUUACGAACCGCUGCAAUCAAACAAGAAAUUCUUCAGUUGAAAUCAACAUUAUAGGCGUAGGGGAACCAUUCUGUAAGGCUGCAGAUGAUUGGGAGGACACCAAAGCUGGAUUCACUGCAGAGUUAAGAUGCAAGGGUGCGGCUGGAGUAAGACGAAGAAAAUGCAAUGUCGACAAGACAUGGGAGAAGGAGGUCUCAUUUUGUGUGAACCGCGACGUGAACGAUGUGCUGGAAAAAGCAUUGAUUGCUGACAUCGGACUCGGCACACUUGAUGAAAACGCUGCACGUGUAUUUUUAGAGCUCAGUAAUGUCACUGUCAAAUCAAAGGCUAUCAACUCUCUCUCCAAUGUGAAUGCAUCUGUUCAAGUGCUCGUAACUCUGAGUGAAAAGCAACGACUAAAGCCUAAUAGCACAUCAGCAGAGAACUUCCUGGAUUCAUCCAGCAAUUUGCUGGACAGGAGUCUAAAUGAAUCAUGGACGAACUCAGCAAGCAAUAAUAAUAGCAGUAAUUCAUCACUGGCUGAGAGAUAUCUUUUCUCUGUUGAGAGAAUAAUCCAUGUGGCAGAUAUAGAAGGCAUCCCUCAAAAGAGAAAGAAAAACAUACAGGUAGCGAUAGCCAACUGCUCACAGGGGUCAGAGUGCAUCACCACGGCGUUUGGUGUCACCGUUGAUAUCAAAGAUGGAAAUUCAGGCAGUGUAAAAACAGCCGGGUUUAAAGAUCUGGAGAACUACUUGCCAAACAGCGAUGAGGAGUUCAAGCCGAACAGCAUUGUCGUGUCAACAACUACUGAAAAUACACCAUCAGAUGAAGUUGAGGUUACACUUAACUUCACAUUGCACAGGCCAAGGCCUCCCAACGUUGAGAUAAAGUGCGUGGCAUGGGACAAUAGCUCUAGAGGAUGGUCAGAAGCAGGAUGUGAAUGGAAAGGUGAGGGAGUGUGUGUUUGCCGUCAUUUGUCCUCAUUUGCCAUUUUGAUGUCAAAGUUUCCCUUGGAGAUACCUGGGAUAGACGAGGUGACCUACGCCGCACUGGCUAUAUCAGUCAUCUCACUCAUUUUAAGCCUCGCCAUAGAACUGACCGUCUGGGUCGCCGUGGUUAAGACGAGUACUUUAUAUUUACGCCACACUGCCCACGUAAACAUUUCUCUCUGUUUGCUAGUUGCAGAUAUGUGUUUCUUAGCAUCUUCCAGGCCAAAGGAUAUUUCACCACUCUGGUGCAAGACCACUGUGGUGCUGAAGCAUUUCUGUUAUCUGGCCAUGUUUUUCUGGAUGUUUUGUCUGAGCACCACGCUUCUCCAUCAAGCAGUUUUCCCGUUCCAUAGCGUGAGCAAGAAAAACUACCUGAAAUUCGCGUUAGUCGUGGGCUACGUGUGUCCUUUUCUUAUUGUUACGAUCACGUUUCUUGCCAACCAGGGCGGUGCUGAAGGCUAUUACUUUUCCAUGGAGACCUGCUGGCUGGUUUAUACUCGGCUCUGGGUAGGGUCCAUCCACACAUUUGUCCUACCAGUCGCAAUAAUUGUUUUCAUCAACAUUUUCUCCAUGCUGGUGGUAAUCAUGAAGCUUGUGGAUCGCAUUAAGAUUGCAGAGGCAUCUCGCGACAAGGAAAAAACGGCUGCCCUGACUGUCAUGAGGUCAGUUAUUUUCCUGACCCCAGUCUUCGGUGUGACUUGGAUCUUUGGCCUCGCUGUGAUGCUUCUUGACCUCACAGACGGCCCAGUAGCCUUUGCGGUCAAUUAUAUCUUUACCCUGCUGAACGGAUUACAGGGUUUGUUCAUUUUGCUCACAACGUGCUUGGGGGACAAACUGACCCGUGACGCGCUGCUGAGCCGCAUGAAACUACGUGUAAGUGCAGUAAACUGGGUUCACUCGUAUAUGGAAAUACCACAUGGGCUGAUUAGUGUAAUGCAUCCAUCUCCUCUCCUCUGCAGGCUCCAGCAUCGAUCACUGAGAGCUCCACGAAGUUAGACUCAGCUCUGAAGAAGUGAAACUCAUCUCAAACGUG